CUCUCUCUCUCUCUCUUUGUUGGUUUUAUAUGCAGUCCAGACUCCAGACAUUUGAUUGAUUCUUCAGUUCUCACUUCCUACUUCCUUCUCACCCAGCUUUACUUUUGAUACGAAUAUUGCGCAGAUUUUGCAAAGCUGAAAUCUUGAGUGCAAGUAAGCAUACUCCUCUGCAACCCACCUCGCUUGUCGCCGUCGUCGCCCACAGUAGCGCCGCCGUUGCCCCUUCUCCUCUCCUGAAGCUAUUGCUAGGGCAAAUAAGAAAUGGAAAGGCCAGAAGGUACCUGAGCAGUAUGCGUAGUAGAAAAAGCCAAUAACUUCAAUUUUUAAAAUUAAAUCAUUAGGCAUGCAUUCGAAAAACUAACUUGUAUACAAUACUUGUUAUAGAGAAAGGGAGUAGCAUAUAAGUACUGCUACUUAAUAGUCAUAUGCUCCGACAAUGUCUCGGUCACUUGUGAUUGCAAGCACUACACCCUUUCCACACAAUGUUGUAACUCAUUCCAGACAAUAUUUGAUUUGGAGCACUUCUUGCUUUUCGUUUUCAGGAAAAAGCCUGCCUUCAUUCAGAAUGAGCAACAAAUUAAAUGCUCCUCACCACGUCUGUCAAACUAUCUCUUCUUAUGCUAGUUUGGGCACUUUUGAUGGAAGAGACAGAUCAACUAAUUUGACUUUAUCGUGUUUUCAAGUAGCUGAAGAAAAGAUUAGGAAAUUGUUUGACAUUGUUGAACUUUCUGUUUCUCCAUACGACACUGCAUGGGUAGCUAUGGUCCCUUCUCCACAUUCCCCUGGAAUGCCCUGUUUCCCUGAGUGUGUGGAUUGGGUGCUAAAUAAUCAGAAUCAAGAUGGAUCGUGGGGUCUUCAUCACACUCAUCCCAUGUUUCUUAAAGAAGCUCUCUUAUCAACUCUGGCAUGUGUUCUUGCGCUGAAAAGAUGGGAUGUUGGUGAAGAACAAAUCAAUAAAGGUUUACUUUUCAUUGAGUUAAAUUUUACAUCUGCUGCUGAUAAUGGCCAACUUUGCCCCACUGGAUUUGAUAUCAUAUUUCCCGGAAUGCUCAACUAUCUUAAUGAUUCAUCUUUGAAGCUCAACUUAGAACCAAGAACUCUAAAUGAACUACAUCAUAAGAGGGAUGUGGAACUCAGCAGGUGCAUGGGAAGCACCUCAAAGGAGCUUGAGGCUUACCUUGCUUAUGUAUCGGAAGGAUUAGGACCUCCGCAAGACUGGGAAAUGGCUAUGAAGUAUCAAAGGAAGAAUGGCUCCUUGUUCAAUUCACCUUCUACUACAGCUGCUGCUUUUAUUCAUCACCAUGAUCCUGGUUGUCUUAGUUACCUACAUUCUGUAUUGAAGAUGUUUGGGAACAAAGUUCCAACAGUCUACCCUCUUGAUGUGUAUGCACGACUUUGUGUCGUUGAUAAUGUUGAGAAAUUGGGGAUUAGUCGCCAUUUCAAUAAGGGAAUAAGAAAUGUUUUGGAUGAAACAUACAGACGGUGGUUGCAGGGGGAUGAAGAGAUCUUUAUGGAUGCCUCAACUUGUGCUAUGGCAUUCAGAAUAUUGCGAACAAAUGGCUACAGCAUCCCUUCAGGUCCUGUAUCUCAUUUUCUGGAUGAGAGUAUCAACAGUAUUGCUUGUGGACGUCCAAAGGAUGCAUAUGCUAUACUGGAUCUCUAUCAAGCACUAGAAAUAAUAUGUAAUUCAGAUGAAUAUGUUUCUGAGAAACAUAACAGGUGGUAUGAGAAUUUGAGACAGGAACUUUCCAGUGAUUCACUUUUUUCAGAUAUCCAUACUAGACAGAUCCAUAAACAGGUGGAGGAUGCCCUUAAUUUUCCUUUCUAUGCAAAUUUAGACCGAAUUGCCAACCGGAGAUAUAUAGAGCAUUACAAUGUGGAGAAUACAAGAUUUUCCAAAACUUCAUAUUGUUCAUCAAACUUUAGCAAUAAAGAUUUCCUAACUCUUGCCGCAGAGGAUUUCAACCUUUGUCAAUCUAUACAUCGUGAGGAACUAAAACAGAUUGAAAGGUGGGUAGUAAAAAACAGAUUGGAUACGCUGAAGUUUGCUAGACAAAAGUCUGCGUACUGUUACUUUUCAGCUGCAGCAACGCUUUUUCCUCCAGAACUAUCUGAUGCCCGUAUUUCAUGGGCCCAAAACGGUGUAUUGACUACUGUGGUAGAUGACUUCUUUGAUGUUGGGGGUUCUAUGGAGGAAUUAAAGAACCUCAUUCAGUUGGUUGAAAAGUGGAAUGUAAAUGUGAGCACCGACUGCUGUUCAGAAGAAGUCCAGAUCAUAUUUUCUGCACUUCACAGCACAAUUUCUGAGAUUGGAGAGAAAGCAUUUAGAUGGCAAGAACGGGAUGUGAUGAGCCACAUAAUUGAGAUAUGGCUGAAUUUGCUGAACUCCAUGUUAAGAGAAGCUGAAUGGACAAAAGACAUGACAGUGCCAACAUUGGAUGACUACAUGGAAAACGGUUAUGUCUCGUUUGCCUUGGGACCUAUCGUCCUACCAGCCCUUUAUUUGGUCGGGCCAAAGCUCUCAGAGGAGAUCGUCCAGCACCCUGAAUACCACCAUUUAUUCAAGUUAAUGAGCAGUUGCGGCCGUCUUCUAAACGACUUCCGUGGUUUUGAGAGGGAGUCGAAGGAAGGUAAACUGAACGCACUUUCAUUGCGGGUUGGUCAUGGGAAUGGCAGUGUGAGUGAAGAAGCAGCCAUUGGAGAAAUGAUCCAUUUGAUUGAUGCCAAAAGGAGAGAGCUGCUGAGACUGGUGCUCCAGGAUAGUGUGGUUCCAAGAGAUUGCAAAGAUGUGUUCUGGAAAAUGUGCAAAGUGGUGCACCAAUUCUAUGUCAAAGAUGAUGGCUUCACUUCACAAGGGUUGAUUGGAACUGUGAAGGCAAUUCUCCAUGAUCCCAUCUGAUAUAAAUGAACUGUGGGUGGGAUACAAGUGUGCUUAGCUUGUUCUGUUAAAUAACUGUCACCUCCCCGUUUUCUGCUGGUACAAUCGGUAUGUUUGGUUCAAAAAUGAGAAUCAAAUAGUUGGUAAUUGGAAUGAGUUUUGG